GCUCCACUCAUCCAUUCUGCACUGCGGCGUUUCUCGUACCUGAGAAGUGCUGCAUUGCCGGAAUCCACCAUACGUCCCGUCACAUAAGUCCACCUCCGACAACCAUCCCAAACCCUUCAAGAUGGACAGGCAGCUAAUCUCACUUGCCUUCAUCCUUUUGGCCGCCGUGGCCUCCGCCCAGCCCCCCGCCUCGGCCCCAUCGACCACCCCCUCCGUCUCCGCCCCAUCAACUUCACCGGUCACGUCACCUGAGGUGGCUGCACCUUCGACCGUUCCAGUGUCCGAUGGCCCCUCAACCACCCCCUCCGUGCCUGCACCCUCUACGUCCCCCACAGAGGGUCCUGCUGCAGAUGUCACCCCCGUCGCCCCCGCCACUGCCCCUGUAGCCUCAGCAGACACUCCCGAUGCCUCAGCCACUGCACCUGCUACCGGCCCCAGCGGUCCCUCUGCACCCACUCCCCACUCGGAUGUUGGUGCUUUGUCCCCUGACGACGAUGAGGCACCACUUGGGUCCCCCAACACUAGCCCACCUGCCCCACUCACCAAAGACUCCGCGUCCGGCCCCUCAGGAUCUGACGCCCCCGCCUUUUCACCCGAAACCGAUUUCAGCAGGGCUUCCUCCAUCAGGGGCGGCGCCGGUGUACUCGCCUACGCCGCUGUCGCAUGCUUCUUCAUGUGAGCUGCUUAAUGGUUAGACUUGGUGUUGGGUUUUCAGUGGGAGAUUUGCGAUCUUGUUUCUCUCUCUCUGUAAUCGUCUGAUUUUCUGGUUUCUUUCUAAGAUAAAGUAAUUUUUCCAUUUAUUUCCUGUCGGAUUUUAAUAUGAAAUGGUAAUUAUUGUUGUCGUUUACCUGCUGGAGUUGAAUGAGAAGAACAAUGAAAGAAAUACAUGGAAAUGAAGACAUGGAUUUACGAAAGCA